CUAUGCCCACCGGGCUCUGCUUCCUUAGCCUUAGUUUCCCCUUCAGGACAUUGAAGAACCUUAACAUUUCCCUGGCGUCCUUCUCCAGAUAUCCUACAGGCGCUUAAUAAAUGGCCAAGUCAUUAUUGGGGUUUCUAAAUAAGGCUCUACUAAUGUCUGAGUCUGGCUGCCGUCCCAAUGUCCCCGGGAAGCCCGCCUAGAGGCCGGCACACGGUGCACUAUAAAUCGGCGGCCGCGCACUCAGGGGCACUGCGGAUCCCAGGACGACAGUGAAGGAACAGGAUGGAGAUCCCAGUACCUGUACAGCCGACUUGGCUGCGCCGCGCUUCGGCCCCAUUGCCCGGACUGUCUGCGCCGGGUCGCCUUUUUGACCAGCGCUUCGGAGAGGGACUUCUGGAGGCCGAGCUGGCUACGCUCUGCCCUGCUGCGCUCGCCCCCUACUACCUGCGCGCCCCCAGUGUGGCGCUGCCCACCGCCCAGGUGUCCACCGACCCAGGCCACUUCUCAGUGCUGCUGGAUGUGAAGCACUUCUCGCCGGAGGAAAUAGCAGUCAAGGUGGUUGGCGAUCACGUGGAGGUGCAUGCGCGCCAUGAGGAGCGCCCGGACGAGCAUGGAUUCAUCGCCCGCGAAUUCCACCGCCGCUACCGUUUGCCGCCUGGUGUGGACCCUGCCGCAGUGACCUCAGCGCUGUCCCCUGAGGGCGUCCUAUCCAUCCAGGCCACACCAGCCCAGGCCCCACUGCCCUCUCCGGCUGCUGCCAAGUAGCGGUCUAGGCACACCUGAAUCCCAGGAGCUGCUUUAGGCUCCCACUUUUAAAGCCGAUCUGACUCCAGCCAGCCAGAUGUCCCCACCAAGCCAAGACAGUUUCUCCCACCCAGAGAUGCCACCUGACCCCUCCACCCUGGAGCCAGCCUUUGAUAACCUAGACAGCCCCUGCCAUUGCCAGCACCCUUCCUACACCUUGCUACAAGCACUACCCUCACCUCAACCUAGUCUCCUAUCUUAGUUUAUAUCCCCAUUUUUUUUUUUUUUUUGCAUUUCCUUGACGCUUCUGAAGCAUGUGCACACUCCACUUUCACCCUCCCAGCUCUCCCAGCAGAUUAUGAUGUAGACAGCCCUGACCCCAGGCAUAAAGCCCACUGCCACCUCUGAAUGUCCCACACUGCAGUCUUCCCGCUCCACACUGUCCAGGCCACCUGGAGCCCAAGAUUCUCAAUCCUUUCCCUGCAACCAGACACUCCACUGCCCUCAGUCCAUUUCCUGACUUGAAACCCCAAGCAGCCAUCCAGACUCUUGAACUCUAUACCAAUGCCGAGUUCCUAUUACUCGAGGCCACCUGGGAUCCCCAACCUCAAACUGUACAGACACCUUUUUGUAGUUUCCCAUUUGUCCAGAUGUGCUAGGCUCCCUCCCCAAUUAACCAGAACACAACAGUCCCUUUGUCCUAACCCCAGGUUUCUAGCCAGAUCUAACCAGAACCCACCCACCACACUCUUCUCAACUUCCAUAACCCAACCAAGGACCACUCAUUCCCUCACUGAAUUUCCUGCUCUCCCAUGCUCCCUCCUAGGCUCACUGCCCAAUAAAAGUGCAAGAGUUA